AUGCAAGAAGCAAUGAACAGAAACGAAGAAGCAAAAAUAGAUCAAGAAACACAAAAUGUCUUUGAAGAGCUAAGACAGAAUGGACCAUUACCAAGAACAGACGAGAAGGUCAGCUUGGACGAGAAUGUAGUUGGAGUAUCCGAGGGAGAGACUCAUGCAUUCGACGCCCAGAUGGACAGUCUUUUGAGUAUUCUUAUUAACUCAGUGUACUCCAGCAAAGACUACUUCUUGAGGGAGCUUAUUUCCAAUGCAUCUGAUGCAAACGACAAGAGAAAGAAGCUGUCAUACACCACCCACCAGAUUAUUGAGGAGGAGCAGUGCAUAAAGAUCAUCCCAAACAAGGAAAACAGAACAAUAACCAUCUGCGAUACCGGUAUUGGAAUGAGCAAGGCUGACAUGAUAAACUAUCUUGGAAGCAUUGCCUCUAGUGGAACAAAAGAGUUCAAGAAGAUGCUUCAGAGCACCAGCAGCGAGGGCCAGUCAAUUGACAACCUAAUCGGACAGUUUGGUCUUGGAUUCUACGCAGCCUUUUUAGUUGCAGACCAGGUUGACGUCAUCUCAAGAAAGGGAGACGAGUCACCUUGCAUCUGGAGCAGCAGAGGACCAGGAGGAUACGUUGUUGCACCAUACACUGGAGAGCACGCCCAAGGAACAUCCGUUGUGCUGCACAUUUCCGAGCAGUGCAAGUCAUACUUAGAGGAGAAGACUCUUGAGGACAUCAUCAAGGCCCACUCUUCUUUCAUAGGAUACCCAAUCUACCUCUUUGUAAUUGCAGAGAAGACAAGAAAGGUGUCAAAGGCAGUGGAGGAGAAGAAGGAAGAAAACUCCGAGAAGGCAGACGAAGAUGUUGUUGAGGAUGCAGCAGAGGAAAAGGAAGACGAGGAAACCUACUUCGAGGAGGAGUUCAAGAAGCUUAACACACAGAUGCCUCUCUGGGCCAGAGAUCCAAAGGAGGAGACAAUCACAGAGAAGGAGUACGAAGACUUCUACAAGUCAAUUUCAAACGACUGGGAGAAGCACUGCGCUGUCAGCCACUCCACAAUUGAGGGAGACUUCAAGCUGCAGGUACUUCUGUUUGCCCAGAACAGGCCUCCUUUCAGGAUGUUUGAGGGAUCAAAGAAGAGCGCAUGCAACAUUAAGCUGUACGUCCAGAAUGUGCUUAUAAGCAGCGACCUUUCCGAGGCUGUUCCAGAGUGGAUGAGCUUCAUUCACGGAGUAAUCAGCUCCAAGGACAUCCCAAUCAACCUUUCCAGAGAAAUUGUACAGGGCAAGUCUGUCAUGAAGCUGAUCAAGAGAGUUAUCUCCAAGAAGGUAAUUGACAUGCUGAACGACAUGGCAUUUGACAAGGAGAACUACCUCAAGUCAUACAGCAACUUCAGCACAUGCUUGAAGACAGGAAUCUACAUGGACAACUCUGAUGUAGGCGCCAAGCUUCUUAAGCUGCUGAGGUUCAAGACCACAAAGAGCGAAGAGCCAAUAUCCUUUGAAGAGUACGUUAGCAGAAUGGCGGAGGGCCAGAAGAAGAUCUAUGUGAUCACUGGAAUGAACGAGAAGGAAGUUAUGUCUCACCCAGCUCUUGACAGAAUGACCAAGUACGAGGUUAUCUACAUGCCAGACCCAAUGGACGAGUUUGUCAUCCAGGUGAACAGCCAGUUCAACGAGUUCCCCUUCCAGAGAAUAACAUCCGAGGGAAUCGACCUUCCAGAAGAGAAGGAAGACACCAAGGAGAAAGAAGAGGAGUUCAAGGGAGUAAUAGAAGGCAUGAAGGCAGUUCUUGGCGACAAAGUUGAGAAGAUUGUUAUCUCCACUGCACUUGAAAAGCUUCCAUGCUUUGUCUCCAGUGCAGGCCACAGCUACUCUCCUGCAAUGGAGCAGAUCUUAAAGGCACAGCCAGGUGGUUCAAGCGCAAACCCAGUUUUCGCCUCUGGAUACCUCACCAAGAAGAUGCUUGAGAUCAACCCAAACCACGCAACAAUUGUUGGCCUGAAGACUCUUCUGGAGAAAGGCGACAAAGAAAAGUUUAACACCACCGUUGGCCUUCUCUUUGACUCCUGCCUUCUUGGAAAUGGAUUCCCAAUUUCAAACAUGGCAGAGUUCAGCAAGAGAAUCUUCGAAUUUGUUAACAUGGGAAUGGAGUCAAUGACUAUUCAAUAA